AGGAUUUCCAACCCAAAAAACUUUGAAAAUUUUAGACCAAAACUGAUGCUAAACCACCUGAAAUGGAUCAAAAUACAGUGCAGAACUCAAAAACACCAUCUGUACUUGUGUAUAAACUAUGUAGUCGUUUGGUCAAUUCGACAGAUGAGAAAGUCAUUACUCCCCAUUACCAACAUGCACUGACAGUUCUUGGAAGCAAUUUUGCUGCUUCAAGCGAAAGUGAUGAAUUUCAAGUUGCACAAAAGAUCAAAAGGAAAUUAGUAAGAAAAGGACAGGAAAAAGAUGCUGCCAUUUUUUCAGAACUCCACCGCAAGUUACAAGCGCAGAAUAUUCUAAAGAAUCGAUGGGCCAUUCUACAUUUGUUGAUGAAUGUUAGUCAGGAUGACUGCAAGCCAAAGGAAAAGCUGCCUGUGCCUGCAUUUUUCACACCCGCCCUGCAACCAGUUCAGAUCACCUCCACGCCCUUCCAUCCGGCGGCCUUCCCACCACAGACGCCGCAUGUCGGCAACAUUACGGCUUCGUCAAAGAGCAGUGGCAUUGGGAGCAGUGGCAUUAGUAGCAUCAAUCCGAGCUUCCGAUCAGAAGAACCAACUCCAAUACCUCAAACUUACUCGCACGUUCAAACAUUUCCUGCCCAUCCCACCCCGUCUUUCACACCGGCUGACCCACGUGGCCGCCUCAACCUGAACUCAACAAGUAAAGAAGCAUGGGGGUCAUCAGCUGGAGGGACAUUAGUCAAACUGAAGCCAAGGAGGGAGGACACUGAUAACACUUCAUCCGAGUUACCUGAGGCCGCUCUUGUUAAGGACAUCGUCUACACCUUCCAGGGAAUAGAGGGCAAAUAUAUCAAACAGGGCCGAGAGGGGUACAAGGCCAAUGCUACGAUAGGGAUUCCACGAGCUACGCGGCACAUGGUCAACAAACUGGUGGAGUGUGGAUGGUUAUUCAGUAAAGUCAGGAAGUACACUGAUUCACGGGCGCAGGAGAAAACUUUUGGUUUAGUUGGUCAGAGUUUUUGUGCUGCCUUGCAUCAAGAAUUGACUGAAUAUUACCGACUGAUGGCCGUGUUAGAGGCCCAGCUUCAACAGGAGCAAGACCAGGGUAUUGUGUGUGACCUUGGGGGUUUGACCCUAAGGCGUCUGCUCAUAUGGACGAGUGACCCUCUUGUGAGAUUGAAGUCUUUAGCGGCUCUGACUGAUGUCUGUAAAGGAAAGAAAGGUGGCGCACUAGCCUCAGCGAUCCAUUCCUAUCUUCAACACGGUGAUCCAUUCAUCCGAGGACUGGUCAAACACACACUCACCUUAGUCGUACAGCCGAUCUUCGCGACUCUUACUCGUUGGAUAUAUGAUGGAGAACUUGAUGACACGUAUCAUGAGUUCUUUGUUGCAUCGGACCCAAGCGUGAAGGAAGACCGACUGUGGCACGACAAGUACAGCCUAAGGAAGUCUAUGAUCCCUUCAUUCAUCAACAUUGAACAAGCUAGGAAGAUCCUUCUCACCGGCAAGUCGAUAAAUUUCCUCCGCCAAGUAUGCCAGGAUCGUACCACCAUCAAGAACAGAGACGUGGUGAAGAAAGCUAUGAUUACUCAAGCCGACUCCAUGUUCACCCAGGACAUGAACAAUAGUUUCCAGAAGAUGGUUGAUACCAUAUACAAGGAGACCAGCCGCCAUCUCUUGGACGUGCUCCACGCCAAGUACCAGUUCAUGGACCAUCUGAAGGCCAUGAGGAGAUACCUUCUGCUUGGGCAGGGAGACUUCAUCAGACAUCUUAUGGAUCUGUUAGAAGAAGACCUGGCCAAACCUGCCGGCAGCUUGUACCUCCACAAUCUGACCGGGAUCCUAGAGACGGCUAUCAGGGCAACGAAUGCCCAGUUUGAUGAUUCGGACAUCCUGAAGAGAUUGGAUGUACGAUUGUUGGAGGUUUCACCAGGCGAUACUGGCUGGGAUGUCUUCAGUUUGGAUUAUCAUGUGGAUGGACCUAUAAGCACUGUUUUCACACCAGAAUCUAUCAUCAUGUACCUGCGUGUCUUCAACUUCCUGUGGCGGGCAAAGCGCAUGGAGUACAUCUUGUCUCACAUCUGGAGGGGCCAGAUGGCCAACUACAAGAUCCUACGGACACUGCCCGAACUUGGCCCAAUCCUUCACCAGUGUCACGUCAUAGCCAGCGAGAUGAUCCAUUUCGUACAGCAGGUCCAGUACUAUGUCAACUUUGAGGUGCUGGAGUGUUCCUGGGAUGACCUGCUGAAGAAGGUCAGCGAUGCUGGUGACCUGGACCACAUCAUCGCGGCUCAUCAGGAGUUCCUAGACUGCAUCAUCACACGAUCGCUGCUCGAUGAUGAGUCAAGGGGCACCAUCCUGACCCAGCUGAGGACCAUCUUCGACCUAAUCAUCCAGUACCAGUCGAUACAAGACAACAUGUACCAAGUAGCCAACGAUGAGAUUGAGGCCAGGACGAGUUUUGAGGCGAAGAAAUCAUCAAAAACAGACCAGGGCAACUGGGGCUUGACAGAAUCUGAUGAAAUUGAUGAACGACAACGGAGAAAAGAAGUUAUAUCAUCGCUUGUGACUCAGACCAGGAGGCAACUCCGAGUGAAUGCCCAGUCCUACCAUGACAUGGUGCAGUCCUUCCUCUUGAUGCUGACAAGCCAUCCCGACGUCUCGUUAAGAUUCCUCAGUUUCCGCCUCGAUUUCAACGAACAUUACAAGAGCAAGGAACCAAAGUUACGUAACUCGCUCACUUACCAGAAGUCGAGGAGUCGUCUCAUGUGAGAUGAGACCAACCUUGAUUAUAGGACUCAGAAUAUAAUUUUCAAAUCCUACAAGUUUGAUAUGAGCAAGUGUCUUCCCUGAUCAUUUGAACUCAUCGAGCUGACACAUUUGAUAAUAAUAAUUGGGAAACUCGCUGGCAGGUUAUACAGAGUAAGUACAGCUGUGACACCAAAUAUAUUGCCAUACCUGUCGACUUUUAGAGUGUAAUAUGCUUUUACUACGAGUAUUUUAGGGAAACAGAUUAUUGGGAUAAAUCAGAAUCUGCAUAUAUUCCUCAGCAUUUGAAUUGAUGAACUGGUUUGUAGCCUAGAUAGGCCUUGUAGUUGUAGACCUACCCUAGUCUUUCACUACAAAAACUGCCAUUUGUACACUUUACAUGAAUGUACCAUGGAACCUCCACCUCUCUGUUAAAGACACUAGUUUUGGUCCCAAUUUGGUUGUUUCCACUCGAUUUGACCUCUCUAAUCAGGAUGCCUCUCUAUUAAGGACAGUACCUGUCAGUACAGAGGUUCUACUGUACUAGAAUGGGAUUGCUUGGUUUCCUUAAAAUUUCUGUAAUUCAUGCUGGACAUGAAUAUUAAUUCUACCCAAAACCUCCUCUGCUGAAAAGUGUCUGACCCAAUUGCUUCUUGCUGCAUUGGGGAGAAUUGUUAUUGUAUAAAUAGGGAGCCGAGAUGAAGAACUCUUUUGUAGACAAGAUUUUGCCUGGGGUGUAUAUGUAUUGCCAUUAUUUGGCAUGACUAAUGGGGUCUUUUUGAAACAUAUUUCUAAUGUAUAAUGAUUUCCCACCUGACUUUGUUGAAAUCAUGUUUGCUGUUCCUGUUAAGAUGUAAAUACUUAUAUCCAAUGUCCCACCUGUGUAAACUACAUGUAUAUGGAUUUGAUGAA